AUGGCUCAGUAUAUUUUACGAAUCCUCACUCAUAAUGCCAUAGAACUCAACUCUCCUCAUAAAUGUAGUCUUUUACUGCGUACAUUAAAACACCAUAAUCCUGACAUUGUUCUCUUGCAGGAAACACAUUGGUUAGCAAGCAAACCUGCUAAAUUCUCCUCCAAGUCCUAUACUCACAUUGAAUAUGCCCCUUUCACCAAGAAAGCUAGAGGCACUGCCAUUCUACUCCAUAAGCUAAUCACAUUUGAGUCAAUCCAGGUCAUUAAGGAUCCUCAAUCUAGAUAUGUCAUUCUGAUCUGCAACUAUGAUGUUUGGAGAGCUGUCCAUCCUGAAGACAAGGACUAUACACAUUUCUCACACCCGCACAAGCAAUAUGCUAGACUAGAUUACAUAUUCUCCACCGCUGACUCAUUAGACCUCAUUACAAAAGCCAACAUUUCCCUGUGUGCCUGGUCGGAUCAUGAUGACGUCCUGGCUUACAUAUGCUCCGCAAACACCGUACAUAUUAGAGCCCCUUGGCGCAUGCCUCAUCAUCUCCUUGGAAAUGUCCAUUUCUCUGCCAGCACAUCACAUGAGGAUAUUUCCUUCACUGAUUAUGGAGAUGUACCAGGACAUUAUGAUAUUAUAAACUGGAUCCCAUCAGACAUCCCAGGAAAACUAGAUCCUAAUAAAGUUGGAAGCUUUAACUCCUUAGCUCCUAAGGGAAAGCAGUUUAUUGUCAAUGACAGUGCGAUCAUUUGGAGCCCUAAAUUAAAAACAAUGCCCACAUCAGUUUGUAAUGACAUCUGUGCCCAUGGAUACAGAAAGGUUCCUUGGAAGGAAUAUCCUGCCUGCUGCUAUGGUUGUGUGCCGUGUGCAGAGGGAGAGAUCUCUAAAACAACAGAUGCGGAAACCUGUAUAACAUGUCCCGAAGAUCAGUGGCCCAAUGAUAAGAGAACUAUAUGCAUCAGAAAGACAGUGGAAUUCCUCUCAUUUGAGGAAACAUUAGGGAUUGUCUUCACUUCAAUUUCCAUCUUCUGCUGUAUUGUCACCAUUACUAUCCUUGUAAUUUUCAUUAAGCAUCGCACAACUCCUGUAGUAAAAGCCAACAACCAGAACCUAAGCUACACCCUUCUCCUCUCCCUCAUGUUGUCCUUCCUCUGCUCCUUACUGUUCAUUGGACGUCCUGUGCAGGUGUCCUGCCUACUUAGACAAUCUGCCUUUGGAAUCAUUUUUACUGUUUCUGUCUCUUCUGUCCUGGCAAAAUCAGUCACUGUUGUAAUUGCCUUUAAUGCCACCAAACCUGACAGCAAGAUAAAGAAGUGGGUGGGAUCCCGAGUGUCCAUCCGUCUGGUCCUUGUCUGCUCUCUAGGUCAGACUGUUAUAUGCACGCUGUGGUUGGCUCUCUAUCCACCAUAUCCAAACUAUGACACUCAGUCUUACAUAGGAACAAUAAUAUUACAGUGUAACGAGGGCUCUAUCACUGCAUUUUACCUUGUGAUAGGUUACAUAGGAUUCCUUUCUACAGUCAGUUUCAUUGUGGCUUUCAUGGUUAGGAAGUUACCUGCCAGUUUCAAUGAGGCCCAGAUGAUCACAUUCAGCAUGCUGGUGUUCUGCAGUGUUUGGAUCUCUUUCAUCCCAGCGUACCUGAGCACCAAGGGCAAAUAUGUGGUAGCUGUAGAGAUAUUUGCUAUCCUGGCCUCUAGUGCAGGACUGCUGGGCUGUAUAUUCAUUCCCAAGUGCUACAUUAUAUUAUUUAAGCCUGAGCUGAACACCAGGGUACAUAUUAUAAGUAAACAUUAA